AUGUCGUCCUCACCUCCUUCAUCUAUAACUAAGCAUGGAAAUCUAUCUGAAGAGGAAGUUAGAGCCGCAGAAGUAUUGGGCGUAUUACGGCAUUCUAAUCGUACUAGAACUAACAGUAAUGCUGCUGUCCUUUCCAUUAAAAAUAUCAUCGAGCCUACUACGGAAGUUGACGCUACAAAUAACAAUCUUGAUAACCGACGAAUAAGUAAUGAAGCUAACAUUGAAAUAUCUGACAAGGAUCCCCAUUCUGAAAAUGAAAAUGAAAAUGAACAAGAACAGGAACAAGAACAAGAACAAGAGCAAGAAACUGAAACGUUAUUAGAUAGAGUUUGUAAAAAUGUCGUCACAUUUUAUGACGAUUUUAAUAGUAAAAAAAGAGUAUCUUCCAUUGCAAGAUUAUUAGACGACGCAUAUGAAGAAAAUUAUACCGACUCUGAAAAUGAUAACGAAGACGAAGAAGAUGAUGAUGAUGAAUCAGAUAACGAAGAAGAAUACUUUCGAAUCUCAAAAAGACAAAAGAUUUCUGAGGCAAUCGCUAAAAGUAAAGACAAUUUAAAGGAAUAUAAGUUGAAUAUGUCCAUUGAAUCUAAAAAAAGUUUGAUUGCUUGUCUUCAUCUUUUAAAAUUAGCAAAUAAACAAUUAUCUGAUAAAGUCUCUUACCUACAAGAUAUGGUCACAGAAGAACAAGUCGCAAGAACUACACACAUUACUAAUCAUAAUAAUGGUAAUAGACACCAUAUACGACAUCCUAAAAAUAUAACUAAAAAAUCAAAUGAUGAUACAUCAUCAGCUACAGAUUCUGAAGACGAUGAGGACGAUGACGAUGAAGAAUAUUUUGAUGCAAAUGAACCAUCAAAAGACUAUGAUGAACAAUCAACAAUAAUUAAAAUGGAAAUAGUGGGGACUAUCAAAAAAGUUUAUUCGUUAGUAUCAAAAUACACAGGAAGUUCACUCCCGGAACCUGCAAGAACUCAAGUAAGAGAAACUUUGCUUAAUUUACCCACAAAUUGGACAAUAAGUGUUAACAAUUCUUUCUUCUCUACUCCAGCUGCAACUUCCGAACAAAAUCAACCAACUCUAAAUUCAAGUUCAAAUUAUAUAAGUACAAAUGGGAAAGUAUUAAUCUUAGCCAAAGAAUCAUUAGAUGUCGUCAGAAACGUAAUUGAUGUAGUAGACUCUUCAUUAGGAAGAGCAGAAGAAUACGUUAAACAAAAGCAAGAAAUUAAAGAAAUGCUCAGAGAACGAUUCUUAAAACAACAACAAGAACAACUACAACUACAACAGUCACAGUCCCAAGUGAAAGAUGAAUAA